AUGCCGUGGAAAUUCCAGGGCCGGACACGUGCCCAUGCGCCGCCUAUAUAUAAACAUACAUGGCGCUGGUCGUCCACUCCAGACGAGACGAGAGGAGGGAAGCACAAGCCAUAUUGUCGUUGCACGCCCAGGGUGGCGAACGCGGAGGGAGGAGGAGGAGGAGGAGGGCCGCCGCCGCGGCUCUCCGGUGAGGACGACGACGACGACGGGCAGCAGGAGGCGGCCACGUGGCGAAUUCUGUCGGGGUACGAGCGGAGCCGGGAGGCGUCCAUGAUGGUCGACGCGCUGUCCUCGGUCGUCGCCGGCGGGGCAGCGGCGCCGGCGCCGGUCAGUGGCCGUCACGGUCAGGUCUCGUCGGAGGGGCAGUGGUGGAGCGACUACUACGAUGGAGACGUAACGCCGCCGCCGACGUCCUCUCAUCCUACGACGCCGGCCGCUCACGGAGCAGAGCACGGGGCGGCAGGGAUUCCCGCGCAGCAAUCGCCUGCGGCGGCGGCGGCGUCACCGGGGCCGAGCGAGCAGCUGCCCUCGCCGUCCUCCACCGACUCCGCCGGCACGCCGCGGCGACGGUACCGCGGCGUGCGGCAGCGGCCGUGGGGUAAGUGGGCGGCGGAGAUCCGGGACCCUCACAAGGCGGCGCGCGUGUGGCUGGGCACCUUCGACACCGCGGAGGCCGCCGCGCGGGCCUACGACGAGGCCGCGCUGAGGUUCCGCGGCAGCCGCGCCAAGGUCAACUUCCCGGAGUCCGCCACGCUCGUGUCGGCGGCGCCGCCGAUGGUUCGUCCUCCGCCUCCGCCUCUGCCGCCGCAGCAGAGGCCCGAGGCGCUGCUGGAGUCGCAGGCGCUGGCGCUGGCGGGCGGCGACGGGGAGUACUCGGAGUACGCCAGGUUCCUGCAGGGCCCGGGCGAGCCACCAACGCGCCUCUACGACCAGGUCGCGGCGGCUCCCGCGUGCGCUGUCCGGCCGCCCGCAGUGACCGCGGCUUCCGGCUCGUCGCUGUCGUUCCCGGUGCUCGGAGGAGGUGGUGAGAGCAGCGGCGCGGUGGGACGUCACCGUCAGUGGUGGCCGCAGGGCAGCGGCUCCGCGAGCGACGGUGGGGCUGGGACUGGCUACGCGUCGUCGCCGACGGCGAGUUGGGAGGACUCUGGGUGGUGGCCGGCGCCGCCACGGGACCCGUCACGAUGA